AUGACUGAAAUCUUAAGAAUAAGCUGGGAGAUUGCACCUGUAAUCUCAGCUACUGAAGAGGCAGAGAUUGGGAGGAUCACAAUUCAAGAACACACCAACUUGUCCAGUGUGACAACUUCUGCCACGGGUGUAGAAGAUCUCAAGAUUGUGCAAGUGACAGUUCCAGAGACUGAAAAGGAAAGAUUAUCAAGCAUUGAAAAGAUUAAACAGCUACGAGAGCAAGUCAAUGACCUCUUUAGUAGAAAAUUUGGGGAGGCAAUCGGUGUGGACUUCCCCGUGAAAGUUCCCUACAGGAAAAUCACCUUCAACCCUGGCUGCGUGGUGAUUGAUGGCAUGCCCCCGGGGGUGGUGUUCAAAGCCCCCGGGUACCUGGAAAUCAGCUCCAUGAGAAGGAUCUUGGAUGCUGCAGAGUUCAUCAAGUUCACGGUCAUUAGACCCCUUCCAGGACUGGAGCUCAGCAAUGUGGGAAAACGCAAGAUAGAUCAGGAGGGCCGUGUGUUUCAAGAGAAGUGGGAGCGAGCCUACUUCUUUGUGGAGGUGCAGAACAUUCCCACGUGUUUAAUCUGCAAGCAGAGCAUGUCUGUGUCCAAAGAGUACAACCUGCGGCGUCACUACCAGACCAACCAUAGCAAGCACUACGACCAGUACACCGAGCAGACGAGGGACAUCAAGCUUCAGGAGCUGAAGAAGGGGCUCAGGAAGUAUCUUUUGGGGUCCUCAGAGAUCCUGUGCCCUGAGCCAAAACAAGCGCUCCCCAACGUGAGCCCACCCGAAAACGUCGCGCAGCCCAUAGAAGAUGUGGCUGGCAGCUUAUGGGAGAAAUUGCGUGAAAAAAUCAAAUCCUCUGUGGCGUAUUCCCUUGCAAUCGAUGAGAUCACAGAUAUUAACAAUAUCACCCAACUGGCCAUCUUCAUCCGCGGGGUGGAUGACAACUUCGACGUGUCAGAAGAACUUUUGGACACAGUACCCAUGACGGGCACGAAGUCCGCAAACGAGGUAUUUUCACGAGUAGAGAAAAGUCUUAAGAAAUUCCAUAUCGAUUGGUCCAAAUUGGUCAGCGUGGCCUCCACGGGCACCCCGGCCAUGGUCGACGCCAAUAAUGGCGUGGUGACGAAGCUGAAAUCGAAAGUGGCAACAUUUUGCAAAGGCUCCGAUCUCAAAUCCAUUUGCUGCAUUAUCCACCCCGAGGCCCUGUGCGCCCAGAAGCUGAAGCUGGAUCACGUGAUGGACGUGGUCGUGAACUCAGUGAACUGGAUAUGCUCCCGCGGCCUGAACCACGGCGAGUUCACAACCCUCCUCUACGAGCUGGACAGCCAGUACGGCAGCCUUCUGUACCACACGGGGAUCAAGUGGCUGAGUCGGGGGCUGGUGCUCCAGAGGUUCUUUGAAUCCUUGGAAGAAAUUGACACGUUCAUGUCAUCCCGAGGAAAACCCGUGCCUCAACUGAGCUCUAAGGACUGGGUCAUGGACUUGGCCUUCCUGGUUGACAUGACGACACAUCUGAACACUCUGACCAUCUCCCUGCAAGGACACUCCCAAAUCGUGACCCAGAUGUACGACCUGAUCCGAGCCUUCCUGGCCAAACUGUGUCUUUGGGAAGCGCACUUGGCCAGGAAUAACCUGGCCCACUUUCCCACGCUGAAAUCUGUGUCCCAAAACGAAAGCGAUGGCCUGAAUUACAUCCCCAAGAUCGUGGAACUGAAGGCCGAGUUCCAGAAACGCCUCUCGGAUUUCAAAGUCUAUGAGAGCGAGCUCUCUCUGUUCAGUUCACCUUUCUCCACCAAGAUCGACUGUGUACACGAAGAGCUUCAGAUGGAGGUGAUUGACCUGCAGUGUAACACGGUGCUCAAAACCAAGUACGACAAGGUGGGCAUACCCGAAUUCUACAAAUACCUGUGGAGUAGCUACCCCAAGUACAGGACCCACUGCGCAAGAAUCCUGUCCAUGUUCGGAAGCACCUACGUCUGCGAACAGCUCUUUUCCAUCAUGAAGCUGAGCAAGGCAAAAUACAGUGCCCAGGUCAAAGACGCGCCGUGGGGCACCCCGCUCCACGUGGUCACGUCCUGAAGCGGAACCCCACGCCCUGCCCCAGGGGAAGCCAACCUAGGAUCCUCUAGGCCCAGGGGAUUGUGAGACGAGAAAGUGAAAGAUUAAAUAUUUCCGUUUCUCUGAGGUCUUUUUCUACUUGGAAUCAGAAAUGGAUUUGUAAUAUCACAAAAUCAGAACUGUUUGUAUGACGUGUUCUGCUUCACUGUAGUUCAGUAAAA